AUGCAUGAUGAGAUGGCACCUGAAGCAGCACCCUUGGCACCCGAAGAUGCAGAAAUUGUUGGUGUUGACAUGGUAGUUCAGCAAGCAGCAGUUGAUGGUGCAGAAAUUCAAGGCAAUUUGGUCCUGCUACUCUUCCUACUUUGUGGGAUUGGUAUGGUUGAUGCUAAAACAACCGAACCUCUGGGAAUGGAUGAGUACAACAAUGUGACAGAACAAGAAACCAACAAGAAGGAGAUCACAAAGCUGGCAAAGAUGAUGAGAAAAAUCACACGACUUCUUACAGUGCAAGGCCUUUGGCCUGUGGUUGCAGAGAGUGCUGAGGUGAAUGAACAAUGCCCCAGCGUGAACUUUGACGCGGUCGAGCGCCAGGAGCACUUUGGAAUGUGGUUGGUGAUUUUCAUUUUGCUGGUUCUAUGGUUUCUUUUUGCAUACAUGGCAUGGUUUGCAUGGAGAAAAAUGCAAGAGAACCUCAACACGUACGCACAGAAGCUGGACAAGGCAGAGUGGGACAUCCACUACUGCUGGACUCAGGUUGCAGACGAGGACAAUUACAUUGCCCAACAAGCUGCCAGAAUCGAUGGACUUCACAAUCAAUUCAUGAUGAUUGAUGGACGUCUUACAGAAGCAAGCAAUGAGGAAAGAGCCAACUUGGUAGCUUUCAAUGCGAUGGGAGCAGGGCAAUACCUCAACCUGGUGAGACAACGUGCGUAUGUGGAAGGUGGAGAAACAACAGAUGUGCAGAUGAGUGGAAACCAAAAUACAGAAGAGACAGAAGAGAGUGAAAAUGCAACAGGUGACGAAGUGACAGCAGCAAGACUUCUACAAGAUCCCAGCAUGACAGACUUGAUGGAGGAAUUGAAAAUAGAGUUCAGAUUGGCUCAACAAAGAAACGAGCCAAACGAUGCAGUGAGAAUCCAACGCAUAAUGAUGCAGAUGUUGAAUAAUAUCAGAAAUGGAGUAACGAAUGAGACGGUGGAAAACUACAGCAGAAGGAUUGCGGAUCUGCUCUUCCAAAUGUCAGAGACAGCCAGAAGUCAGAACAGAUUGCAAAGCAGUCUCUACUACGGACGUAGGUGUGCACACUUUCGAGGAGAUGCAUGA